AUGUCACGGGGUGGUCGUGCUGGAGGUCGAGGAGGAGCAUCUUCCGGAUUACGGGCGGUUGCAAAUGCAUUGGGUAUAGCUCGACAUGAAAUGAACUCAUAUACAAAAGUGGUUUUGGAAUCACAACCUACUUAUCCGCCUGUUUCGCAGAUAAUUUUGCCUCUCGAGAAAACAGAUGAAUUGCAAUAUAUGGCUGAAUUGCGACAAGAACUGCUCUCUCGGUUUCACGAAUCAUCUUUUUAUUUCGUUGUAAAAGAGCGAAAUUCUGAAUUUAGACGAUAUACAGAUAAGUAUAAAGAAAUUGAGAAGGAAGAACUGCGACCAGAUUGGUCGCGACUUCCAGAUGAAUUGUGCUGGAAAAAAAAGGUUGGCGAACCAGUCAAAAAGAAACGCAAAGUAAUUGAUAAAGGAACCGAUGAAGUUGUUCAAAAACUAUCGAAACUUGAGGAGAGCGAAAAAUUAGAAAAAUUAGAUAGUCCUGAAAUUGAAGUCCAGGAAGCUGUUGAUGAAAACGAGGAAGAAAGUGAAAAGGAGGAACAAAAUAACGAAAAUGAAGAACAGGAAGCAUUGUCGGAUGAUGAUUAUCAAGAAGAAGAUAAUGAUUACAUUCAUUCUUAUUUCGAUAACGGUGAAAAUUACGGUGAUGUUGGCUCGGAUGAUAAUUUGGAUGAAGAUAAUGCUUUUUAA